AUGGAAUCAUCUAAAAUUCAACAAUUUCUAGAAGGCAAAACUAUUUUCAUUACGGGUGCCACUGGUUUCCUUGCAAAAAUUUUGGUGGAGAAGAUACUUCGGGUUCAACCAAACAUGAAAAAGUUAUACCUUCUAGUAAGAGCUUCCGACACCAAAUCAGCCAAGAAACGUUUUUACGAAGAGGUUAUGCAGACUGAAUUGUUUAAGGUUCUAAGAGAAAAGAUAGGUGCAAAAAACCUAAACUCUCUCGUAGAAGAGAAGGUAUUUCCAGUUGCUGGUGAUAUUUCAUUUGAGGAUUUUGGAAUUGAAAAUUCGGAGAUAAAAGAUGAAAUGUUCAAAGAAAUCGACAUAAUUAUAAACUCAGCUGCAACUACUAGAUUUGAUGAGAGGUAUGAUUGUAAAAAUAUUAAUAAAGUAUUUUGAUGCAAGACAUUUGAUUUAAUUCCCUAUAUAACAUCGAUAGCAAUA